AUGAACAACAACACCGCUUCAUCCUCCGACAGCAAAUCAAAUGCCAAAAAGGUACACAGUGAAUCUCUUCGCUCAGAGACUCAACAAGGCGGACGUUCAUACCUCGAUGAACCUGAAUACCAUGAUGAGGUAUUGAAACAUAUGCACUUUAUGGAAGAAGAGACUACAGCUUGCGUUGAUUUGAUGGACGCUCAACCAGAACUACGUUGGUACAUGCGCCCUUAUUUGGUUGACUUCAUUGUUGAAAUUCAUCAAACAUUCCGUCUUCGAUCAGAGACUUUGUUCUUGACAAUGAACAUCGUUGAUCGUUACGUGUCAAAAAGAAUCGUCUACAAGCGUCAUUACCAAUUGGUCGGUUGUGCAGCACUUUUGAUCGCUGCUAAAUUCGAAGAUGCAAAGGACAAAGUUCCUCUCGUUUCUGAAUUGGCACAAAUGUGCUGCAACGCAUACGAUGAAACCGCCUUUGUUCAGAUGGAAGGUCAUGUCUUAUCCACAAUCGGAUGGACACUUGGUUUCCCAACGCCAGAAGCAUGGCUACGGUUAUCAUGUGCCAUGACAAGAGAAAAUGCAGAAGAAGAAGCUUUGUUCACGGUCAACUCAACAAACUUGGACUCAAGAACACUCAACAUGGCACGUUUCUUGCUCGAAGUGACUUUGUUCACCCGUGACUUUAUCGGAUUGACACCAAGCAACCUCACUGCAGGCUGUUUAUUGUUGGCACGUAUCAUUGCUAACAAUGGUCAAAACAAGCGCGCUCUCACCUCCGUUGCCUCUCCAAAAGCCAUUCAAGCUGCUCAAAUUGUUGAUGCUUACUUGAUCGAACAUGCUCACCAGCUAAGUGAGAUUCUGGUCAAGAAGUACAGCUUUAGCCAUUUCGGAUGUGCAUCAACAGCCAUCGUUCAAUGGUAC